AUGACCGGGGAAGCAUGCCCGGCAAGGGUUGAACCAACCUUGUCGUUUACCCAGGGCCUUAUUCUCGGCCAGCUGUCAGUAGUGCUCGUGCUUGCUGGCUUCAUAAAGUUCUUUAUUUUCGGAGAUCCUCCCUCGCCCGAAGUAACAGCCUCGCUGAGGGCAACGGAACGACGAUCCAGGACGCUAGUCCAUAAAAAGUCACUUCUGACCCUUCGGACACCAAGUUCGCGGCAGGGACAGCGGACGCUCAACAAGAAGAAAUCCACCAUUCUGAGAGGACAGCAUAACCUGACCAUUGGCUCCAUCUUGAGCAAGACGUACUACAAUGUCGAUAGCCACCAGCCCGAGAGCCUGGAUUGGUUCAAUGUUCUCGUUGCCCAGACCAUUGCCCAGUUCAGGAGCGAUGCCGAGCACGACGACGCCAUCCUGAGUUCCUUGACCAAGGCGUUAAACGGCACUUCUCGACCCGACUUCCUCGACGAAAUUCGCGUAACGGAGCUUAGUCUCGGAGAGGACUUCCCUAUAUUUAGCAACUGUCGCAUUAUCCCGGUCGACGAGGACGGGCUCGGCCUAAGCAGUGGGAAAGCACUGGACGCCAGCGCGGCUACGAGGGAGGGCGCCAAACUACAAGCGCGCAUGGAUGUCGAUCUGAGCGACAUGCUGACGUUGGCCCUCGAGACCAAACUUCUGCUCAACUAUCCGAGGAAGCUCAGCGCUGUGUUACCCGUUGCCCUCGCCGUUUCGGUUGUCCGCUUUAGUGGGACGUUAUCCGUAUCUUUCAUUCCCAGUAAUCCGUCACAGUCGACUCCUACCAUGAUGACGUUCAACUUCCUCGACGAUUACCGCCUGGACUUCUCGAUUCGCAGCUUGCUGGGCAGCCGAUCUCGAUUACAGGACGUGCCCAAGAUUGCACAAUUGAUUGAAGCGCGUCUGCAUCGAUGGUUUGACGAGCGAUGCGUUGAGCCUCGGUUUCAGGAGAUUGCCCUCCCGAGUCUGUGGCCUCGUAAGAAAAAUACGAGAGGACCAGAGGAUGGGCUGGCCGAAGGAAGUGGCGGAUCCGUCGGCAGAGCUAAGGGGAGGGACAUGGCUCAAGACAUUCAAGCCGACGCGCAGACGGAUGCCGGUUCUCGAGCAGACUGGUCUCAUGGGUCACUACGCCGGCGAAGAAUGGCGAACGAAGACGAUCUGGUCAUGCCUGGAUCACUGCCUGAAUUCGGUCUCUGA